GUCAGCCUGGCUGUCAGCCUGACGGGCUUCGGUGCAGAAGAAGGGUGGCAUUCUUGUCGGUGCCAGAGAUUGCAGAAGAUCCCAGAUGUACCCGUGGACUCUGUCAGGAGUUACGGAUCCUGAAGCAGUAGCUUAAGCCUGCGCCCAUCUUCUCAUUUCCCCACGUUCCCAAGCAUGUUGGAAGUAGAAAAAUGUCAGAGAGGCCCCCAGGAGACAUGUACCCGCAAGACCUGAUGCCCCCAUGACCAGACCCAGGAGUCCAGCUGCCACAAUGGCUUCUCCUGGCUCCAAGUUCAACACCAGAGCUACCAACACCUCUUGCGGACUUGGCUGGGAUGCCAGGGGUGUCCUGCCAGAGACUCAAGUCAAACUUGAGUUUGUAGACAUAGAAGGGAAGGCUGGCAGUGGCCACAGGAAGAUCAGACCCUCUGGCCCCCAGAAGGGGAGCGAGAAGGGUCUGUCCCUGAAAAGGAAGCGACCCCUCUCUCCCCUCAGGGGCUCCCUCAUCCCUUCACCUGGCCACGUGUUCUCGGAGGAGCAGGAAGAAGGUGCCCUGGGUCUCCAAGUCUGCAGUGACCAGAGAAGAGCCUGCUCCCCAGGGAGGGCUGGUCUUUACUUCCCUGCCCCACGUGCAAAGUGCCAGGCCAGCCUGGGGCCGAAUAAGCCAAAGAGAGACUCUGGAUUCUGUGGCUUCAAAUCUGUGCUUGGACAGGAGCCCCUUGUGCAGCCUGAGAAGAAGAUGUCCAAGCAGAAUGGAUGGAGAGAGGUGGGCCAGCUGGCAGGAAGGAAGUCAAGGGACCCAGUGCUCAGUACUGGCCCGGCUCCUACCCCAGAGCUGGUCCAGGCGACCGGUCCGGACCGGUCAGAGGUGGGCCAGCCUAGUGAGAAUACGCAGGCAAGGCGAGCUGACGUCCUCAUAGCUCUUUUGCACAGAGAGGUGCGGCGCCUCAAGAAGUGGAAGAAGAGGCAUUUGCUUCCAAGUGUUGGGGAGAAGUCACCCCUGCUGAGCUUCCAGAAGCCACCCUGCUUGAAGAAGCUGAUCAGAACUAUAAAAUCAGAGACUAAGGGCUGGGCUUUUCCUGGGCGUUCCCCAGGCCUUUGUGAUACCACAGGUCAGAAACCCAUGUUAGACGUCAGAAGGUUCUUUAUGUUCGACUGCAAGAACAUCUCCCGUGCCACCUGCACUCUGUGUCAUGCCAGCAUCAGACAGAGCAGAGUUAAGGGGAGGUCCCAAACCUCAUGCCUGGUCCAUCACUUGGAGAGUAAGCAUGGGCUGCAGACGGACAGAAGGCCGCCUUCCGCCAGCCCAGGGGAGAAGGAGGGAGGGGGGGAGGGAAAGCAGAAGGGCCUGCUCGCAGGGGCCACCAGCCUUGUCCAGGACGGGCUCCCGUCACCAAUAUGCUGCCCGGAUGCCUCACCCUCAGAAGACACUGAUGGGCAGCCGGCCCCGGGCAGGCGGAAGCCGCUGUUCCCGGCUCCACCACCCCUGCCUACGCCCAUCAAAGCCGAGCCGACUGCUACCCCCAUGGCGGUCGGGGAGGGUCAAGGUGGCAGAUACGCUCCCAACCAGUCCCGCGCCCAGGCCUGGAACCAGAGCAUUGCGGAGUUACUCUGCGGCCUGGCUUUGCCACUCUCCUUUCUUUCGUCACCCCCCUUCAGAAGGUUUAUGGCCCAGGUCGACCCUUGCUACCUCCUGCCGACUCCAGCCUUCUUCUCGGAUAAGGCCUUGCCUCUGCUCCACGAGGCGAUGGGGGAGCAGGUGCGCCAGGAGAUGGAGCGGGCCGAGGGCGGCUGCAUCCACCUCACCGUGUCCAUGGCAGCCCGGGAGGUGGUCCUGGGGGACUCCGUGGCCAUCGCCGCCCACUGGGGGGUCAUACAGCCAGGUCUCCGGCGGCUGGAGUCGGGGAGCCUGAGGAAGAGCGCGGUGCUCUGGGUCCGAGGCCUGCCCCCGGAGAGCACUUCGGAGGACAGGCAGCGGGCGCUGCAGGAGCAGGUCGGCCUGUGGCUGGGCCGCGGCUCCCUGCGACCCGGCUUCCUGGUGUCCGGCGGCUGCCCCAGUCUGGAGCAGGCAGGGCGGCUGGAGGGCUACACGCACGUCCCUUGCUUUGCCCACUGCCUCAACUCCCUGGUGAGAAACUUUCUGUGUCACCAUCAUAGUGUCCAGAUCAUCCUGGGCACGGCCAGGGCCAUCUGUGGCCAUUUCCAGGGCUCCGCGGAGGCCCGGUGCCGCCUCAGGCAGCUGCAGCUACAGUCUGGCCUCCCGGCCCACCAGCCCUUUUGGGAGCUCUCGGACCACUGGGUCUCAGCCUACCGCCUGAUGGAGUGGCUGCUGGAGCAGCAGCAGCCUCUGCAAGAGUAUGAGGAGAAGCACCAGCUGGGGAAGGCGGGGCCGGCGCUGUCGGCAAUGUUCUGGAGCCUGGCGGACAGUCUGGUGCAGCUCCUGCAGCCCUUCCAGGCGGUGGUCCGGGAGGCGAGCGCGGCGCAGGCCUCCCUCAGCCAGGUGCUGCCGCAGCUGCGCUACCUGCAUAUCUUCCUGGAGCAGGUUCACGGGCACUUUGAGGAGCAGAGCGAUGGGGAGAUGGGUGCCGCUGUCCGGCUGGCGGAGGGCUUGGCCCUGCAGCUCUCCACAGACUGCCAGCUCAACGAGCUCUUCCACCGCGAGGAGUUCGUGCUGGCCACUCUCCUGGAUCCCCGCUUCAAGGGGCGGAUCAAGGCCAUCCUGCCCAUGGGUGCCGACAUUGACCACUGGAAGCAGGUCCUCGUGUACAAGGUGAAAGAGAUUAUGGUGUCUGAAUACUCCUUGCCUCCCUCACCCUGCCUGCAGAACCCCAAGGCUGCGUGUGUGGACGCCACCCCCACGGGCAGAAGAGCCAAGGGCCCCGGCACCGAGGGGAGGGCCCAGAAGGAGCCUGUGCAGAGAAGCGGCCGCGCGGGGCCCUCGCUGCUAGGCCAGAGGGAGAAGAGCUUGCUGGAGCAACUCGAAAGUGUAGGGCUGCUGGCAUCCCACAGGAGCGGAGCCUCCCUCUCCACCGAGAACCACCUGGCCAGCGUCAUCGUCAAGAAGUACCUGCGUGAGAACGAGACAGUCGGCGCCCAGGAGGACCCCCUGGCUUACUGGGAGAAGCGGCGGGAAGUCUGGCCAGCGCUGGCAAGAUUGGCUACCAUCUAUCUGUCCUGCCCGGCCACCAGCGCCUUCUCUGGAAGUGUCUUUGCCUCCCUGGACAGCCCCACCAUCGCGGAGCACAAAUCCCCUCUCCCAGUGGAGACGGUUGAGCAUCUUCUCUUCUUGAAGCCUAACCUGGAGAAUUUCCCCAACUACACGCCCCCACCCCUUAUCUUCCCCAGUGGAGACCUGGCCAAGGGGGAGCAGACCAGGGAGUCUGGCCCCACGGUCGGAUGCCCUCAGAGUCUGCCUGGAGGAACUCUGCCGUAGGUGCAGGGAGAGCAGAGUGCUGAGCUUAGGACGUCAGACAGGGACGGCCAGAACCUGAAACCUACUUGGGAAGAAUGGGGACGGUUUCUCAAUUCUUGACAGGUCGCCUUUUUUUUCCCCAGGGAGAUGUCAUUUUCCACCUACUCAUUGCUUGAUUUGUUUCAAGCACUGCAUCGAAAAGGUUUACUCUGUUCAUAGGGAUUGAGUUGUACUGUACAGUUUUAUAAGUGGUGAUGCUAUUUUGAAAUAUCGGUGGGUAUUAAAGGUCCUACGUGCAGCUUGUCCGUGUGUGUCAAGGGAUACAUGACCUUCAGGUGUGCUUUCUCCUGGGACGGACGAGGGGAGGUGUGGGUGCUGGCAUAUACACCCAGGGGGAUAUGUACUCAGCCACCUGGACCCUGGGUAAGCUGAGAAAGCUCGUUCUGAAAUUGCUUUCACUGUAGAAAGGAAGAAACCCUACAAUAGAGUAGCCAUUUUAAGAGUGAGGUGGAUGCACCCGCACGCACGCGCACGUCUUAGGGUCUGUGCUGUCGCGUGGAUCCCAGAUCCCAUAGUGGCCGGAGAACUGACGGAUGGGACUGCCCAGCUAAUGAUGGAGAGUGAAUUGAGGGCUGAGACACUCAGUCUUCAAAAUGUGCUUACCUGUAGUUUGCUUCCAGACCACUGGAAACCUGGGGCUUUCUUCCUUUCUACAGUGAUAGCAGCCUCGGAAGGAGCUGCCACGCUCACCCAGACUCUAGGUAGCUGAGCACAUAUGCCACGCGCAGCACCCACACCUCUCGUUGUCCCUGGCCACCUCCAAAGGGCUAAUCCCCUACCUGGAAAUGGGAAGGGCUGUGGAGCAGACCGCCCAGUAGCGGACUGUCCAGGGUUCUGGAGGACCUGAGCACGGGGGGUCCAGGAGAGGAGGACUGUUGGGGCAGACCUGUCUCCCCCCACAAGUCUGGCUCUCUUGAGGUGCUGGGUCACUAGGAAAGGUGGCUCUGAGAGGUGAGGUAAGUUGAGACAGGCUGAGGCUCAAGGCCUACCUUGCGCUUUGGCAUUGGUUUUGGGGGUGAGCCUGGAGGCCUGUCUCCCUGUCUCUUCUGGAGGGGUUUUCAGUCGUGUGUCACUAGGACUGAUUCACUAUAGGACAUUUCGAAGUUUCUGGAAACAGGAAGAAAGUCAUAAUCCUUUCACUCAGCUGCUGUUAAUAUGUUGACAUACUUUUUUACCUUGAGAUCAUACCCUUUGGACUAGUUAGUAUGCUGUAUUUUCAUUUUAACAGUAUAAUAACUGCACCUUUUAAAAUAAAGCUUUGUAAAGAUCA